AUAUCAAAAUAAUUUAAAACAAAAUUGUGGAUGGGAAUGAUCAUCUUAUUUUACAAACACAGCCUUUAUAAUUUAAACACGGAAGAGGAAGCUCCUGUCUGUCAGAUACUGGGCAGACCAGAGUUUCCUCUGUUGUCUAAAGAGGGAGAUGUCACAAUUGGGGGAGCGUUUUCCAUUCACAGCAAAAUCACUCAACCCUCUCUUUCCUUUACAGAUGAGCCAACACAUCUCACAUGUUCCAGUGUCAACCUCAGGGAGUUUCGAUUUGCCCAGACCAUGAUCUUUGCUAUUGAAGAGAUCAACAAAAGUGAUUUUCUUCUUCCAAAUGUUUCUAUCGGAUAUCGUAUUUAUGACAACUGUGGCUCAACAUUAUCCUCAAUGCGUGCAGUGAUGGCACUGAUAAAUGGUGGUGAGGAGACUGUGAGGAAGAGCUGCUCUGGUCAAUCAGCUGUUCAUGCCAUUAUCGGGGAGUCUGAAUCCUCUUCAACUAUUGUGCUGUCACGCACUACUGGACCAUUCAACAUACCAGUGAUUAGUCAUUCAGCAACAUGUGAGUGUUUGAGUAGCAGAAAGGAGCAUCCAUCUUUCUUUCGAACCAUUGCCAGCGACCUUUACCAAAGUCAAGCCCUUGCCCAACUGGUGAAGCACUUUGGCUGGACCUGGGUGGGGGCAGUCAACAGUGACAGUGACUAUGGCAACAGUGGCAUGGCUAUUUUUCUUGCUGCAGCCCAGGAGGAAGGAGUGUGUGUGGAGUAUACAGAGAAAUUCCACAGAGCAGAGCCUGAAAAAUUGAUGAAAGUGGUAGAAGUGAUCCGUAAGAGCUCAGCCCGGGUCAUUGUUGGUUUUCUGGCUCAUGUGGAGAUGAACAAUCUUCUAGAGCAGCUGAGUCUGCACAACAUCACAGGCCGGCAGUUCAUUGGUGUGGAGGCCUGGAUCACUGCUGACAGCCUUGUGACUCCCACUAGCUUUAGUGUGCUUGGAGGUUCUCUGGGAUUUGCUGUGCAAAAGGCCAAUAUCAGCGGCCUUGAUGAUUUUUUAAUCAAACAUUUCUGGGAGAAAGGGUUUAAGUGCAAGGAGGCAAACAGGGGAAUUGUGACAUACACAGCAGCUUGCAAAAAAAAUCAGGAUAUAAUUAAGUUUAAAGAUUAUGUUGAUGAUGUACAAGAGCUGAGAUACUCCACUAACAUAUACAAAGCCAUCUAUGCUGUGGCCCAUUCUCUUCACAGCAUCUUUAAGUGUUCAGACCUGGGGUGUGACAAACAUGUCAAAGUUACACCCUUGCAGGUAGUAAUGUCUCUAAAGAAGGUAAAUUUUACCAUUAAGAAUGGAGACCAAGUGUGGUUUGACAGCACUGGAGCAGCGGUGGCCCGGUAUGAGGUAGUGAAUUGGCAGCGUGGAUCAGACAGCUCAGUUCAGUUUAAACCUGUCGGCUACUAUGAUGCCUCCCUACCUCCUGGACAGAAGUUUGUCCUCAAGACUGAAGAGAUAAUGUGGCCUGGAGGAAACACAGAGUUACCUGUAUCAGUGUGCACGGAGAGCUGUCUUCCAGGAACUCAUAAAGUUCUACAGAAAGGAAAGCCUGUCUGCUGCUACGACUGUAAAACAUGUGCAGAGGGAGAAAUCAGCAACACCACAGAUUCUAAUGACUGCACAAAAUGUCCGGAAGAGUAUUGGUCCAAUCAAAACAGAGAUUCAUGCAUACAGAAAAAUGUUGAGUUUCUUUCGUUUACUGAGAUUAUGGGCAAAAUACUUGUGUUUUUCACUUUGUUAGGGGUAGUUCUUACUUUACUUGUGGCCCUUAUAUUCUUUAUCAAUGACGACACUCCCUUAGUGAAAGCCAACAACUCUGAACUGAGCUUCCUGUUGCUCUUCUCAUUGACUCUGUGUUUCCUGUGUUCUCUAACCUUCAUAGGCCGGCCUACUGUAUGGUCCUGCAUGCUGCGUCACACAGCAUUUGGGAUCACAUUUGUUCUCUGUAUUUCAUGUAUUCUUGGGAAAACAAUAGUAGUGUUAAUGGCCUUUAAAGCUACACUUCCAAGUAGUAGUGUGAUGAAAUGGUUUGGGCCAGCACAGCAGAGACUCAGUGUUCUGGCUUUCACUCUUAUACAGGUUUUAAUUUGCAUACUUUGGUUAACAAUCAAUCCUCCCUUUCCUUUUAAAAACAUGAAUCACUAUAAGGAAAAGAUUAUUCUCGAAUGUGCCUUGGGAUCACCCAUAGGUUUCUGGGCUGUGUUAGGCUACAUAGGACUCUUAGCUAUCUUGUGUUUUGUGCUUGCUUUUUUGGCUCGGAAGUUACCGGAUCAUUUUAAUGAAGCUAAAUUUAUCACCCUCAGCAUGCUGAUAUUUUGUGCAGUCUGGAUCACCUUUAUCCCAGCUUAUGUCAGCUCUCCUGGAAAGUUUACUGUGGCAGUGGAGAUAUUUGCUAUUCUGUCAUCCAGUUAUGGGAUACUUUUCUGUAUUUUUGUACCAAAAUGUUUUAUUAUUGUACUUAAACCCGAAUUGAACACAAAGAAAUAUCUGAUGAGGAAAACAUGA